UCGGCCGUUUGGAUCUUUGUUCAUCCAAAUCAGUGGAACAGGUUUCUAUUUCGGCUCAAAGCCGACCGAAGAACUCGGUUACCACAGAGAUUAUCUAGGAGUAGCUACUUAUUAUUGACAACGGGCAUUGUGCGGCUGGAAUCCUAUUUGCAGUCUUUAAGGGGGAAACGAUUUAUAUUCAUAUGCUCCAACCACCGCGAAACUCUGCACAUCGAUCGAGCGCACCCAAAGCACGGCCAUGGCGCGCCAUCUUCGCCGCCUCCUGCUCCUUCUCCUCGCCACCGUCGUCGCGGCGGCGGCCCCCGCCCUCGCCAUCUUCCAUUUCGACUUCCGCUUCGACACCGACGGCCCAUACUCUGGCGGCAUGCUGUCCCGGCACGACAUGUGGCGGCGGCGCGCCGCCGAGAGCAGAGCCCGGGACGCCGGGAACUCGGCCAGGCUCGCCAAGGCCCUCGGCAAGGACGGCGACAUCACGGCGGCCGACGUGACCGUCACCCCCUACACCCACCAGGGCCACUGGCUGACCGUCGGCGUCGGCACGCCGCCGCAGCCCAGCAAGGUGAUCCUCGACAUGGGCAGCGACCUCCUGUGGACGCAGUGCAGCCUGGUGGGCCCCACGGCGGUGCAGGAAGAGCCGGUGUACGACCCCUCCAGGUCGUCGUCCUUCUCCCUCCUCCCCUGCGGCAGCAAGCAGUGCGAGGAGGGCGCCUUCACCAGCAAGAACUGCACCGACAAGAGGUGCGCGUACGAGAACUACUACGGCGUCCUGACGGCGACCGGCGUCCUCGCCACCGAGACGUUCACCUUCGGCGCGCACCGCAACGCCACCGUCAACCUCACCUUCGGCUGCGGCAAGCUCACCAACGGCACCAUCGCCGGCGCCUCCGGCAUCCUGGGCCUCUCCCCGGGCCCCCUGUCGCUGCUGAAGCAGCUGGCCAUACCCAAGUUCUCCUACUGCCUCACCCCCUUCGCCGAUCGCAAGACGAGCCCGGUCAUGUUCGGCGCCAUGGCCGACCUCGGCAAGUACAAGACGACGGGCAAGGUGCAGACGGUCCCGCUGCUGAAGAACCCCGUGGAGGACAUCUACUACUACGUGCCCAUGGUGGGGAUCUCCCUCGGGAGCAAGCGGCUGGACGUGCCGGCCGAGAGCCUGGCGCUGAAGCCCGACGGCACCGGCGGCACGGCCGUGGACUCGGCGACCACGCUGGCGUACCUCGUGGAGCCGGCCUUCACGGAGCUGAAGAAGGCCGUGAUGGAGGGGCUGAAGCUGCCGGUGGCGAACAAGACCGUCGACGACUACCCGCUGUGCUUCGAGCUGCCGCGCGGCGGGUCCAUGGACGGCGUGGAGGUGCCGCCGCUGGUGCUGCACUUCGACGGCGGCGCCGUGAUGGUGCUGCCGCGGGACAACUACUUCCAGGAGCCGAGCCCCGGGGUGAUGUGCCUGGCGGUGGUCCAGUCGCCGUUCAAAGGCGCGCCGUCGGUCAUCGGCAACGUGCAGCAGCAGAACAUGCAUGUGCUCUACGAUUUGGGGGAACGCAAGUUCUCCUACGCGCCCACGCAAUGUGACAAGCUCUGAGGUGCUAUGUAUGCAAAUAAAUCUACAACGAUGAUGAUCUUCAGAUUUCAGUGGCAAAAAUAUAACUUUUAUUUUUUAUUGUCUAAUGAUGAUGAAACCCUUUUUGUAGGACAGUUUGUUGUAUCCAAUGUAUAAAAUCAAUAAUGAGGGUUGCCUGUUAAUGACAAAUUGAAUAGGUACACAUGUGCAAUUGGAAUAUUUAUCU